AUGGGAUUGAAAGAGCGGGUCAUCUGGAAGCUCGCCAAGGGCUUCCGGGGCCGCGCUGCCAACUGCAUCACGUUGGCGCGGCAGCAGGCGGAGAAGGGGCUGCUGCAUGCCUACCGCGGCCGCAAAGAGAAGAAGCGGGAGCAUCGCAGCCUCUGGGUGCAGCGCAUCAAUGCGGGGUCUCGCGAGCAUGGGGUCAAGUACUCCGAAUUUCAGGCUGGCCUGCGGCAGCUGAACGUGCAGCUCAACCGCAAGGUCCUGUCUGAGCUGGCGGCCACAGAGCCCUUCAGCUUCCAGGCGCUCGUGGACCAAGUGCGGUUCAUGCGCGGCGCCCCGGGCGGCGCCCGCGGCGCGGGCAGCAGCGCUGGCGGCGGUGGCGGCAGCGGCAGCGCGGUGGGGGUGUGA